UACAUCAGCUUCACUCCCGGAGCGCGUGAACGGAACUUGCUACCAUUCUGGUCAAGGCGCCAAGGCUUUUUUCAGUUGACAAUCUCGGCCGAAGCACGAUUGUCAUCGGGAGUGGCCUCGAAAAGAAUAGUCGCGCUUGCGGGAACCGUUGGGCCUUGGCACGCGCGAAGAGCUACCUGUGAGUGGCACGGAUUCAGAUUGCAUCAUUGUGUCGCAGGUUAUAUGGGAUCCGAAGCUACAACAUCUCGAAAUUCGGUUGCGUUACGGUUCCUCUAGUAUCUCACCCUCACUAUGGCUCACACCCAGCCAUCGCCCACGGGCGGCGUCACACCUCACCAUGGCCAUAUUGCUGCUCACCCACAGGUUAAUGGUCACAUGCCUUUGCAGUCGCAAGGCCAGAAGGGUCCUCCCAUGAGCACUGCUCAAAAGAUUGCCGCGCUGAAUGAACAGGUGUGGCUUCAAAUUGGUGGCCUAACGGAACUCAUGGGGGACCUUGACGGCGCCAUGAAUGCGUAUGAACAGGCUUUGCGGCAUAAUCAAUGGUCUAUUCCUGCAAUGAACGCGAUCUCCUGUAUACUGCGGACCAAGGAACAGUUCCCAAAGGCGAUUGAGUAUUUGCAGAACAUUCUGAAGCUGGACCCAACGAGCGGCGAAACAUGGGGCAGUUUGGGGCAUUGCCAUCUCAUGAUGGAUAACUUGCAAGAGGCGUAUACUUCUUACCAGCAGGCGCUCUACCAUCUGCGUGAUCCUAAGGAACCCAAGUUGUGGUACGGUAUCGGUAUCCUUUACGAUCGCUAUGGCUCCCUCGAUCACGCCGAAGAAGCCUUCUCUCAGGUCAUGAGAAUGGCGCCUGAUUUCGAGAAGGCGAAUGAGAUUUACUUCAGAUUGGGAAUAAUUUACAAGCAGCAGCAGAAGUUCAACCAGAGUCUGGAGUGCUUCAAAUAUAUUGUGACCGAUCCCCCCCGUCCUCUUACAGAGGAAGACAUCUGGUUUCAGAUCGGUCAUGUCCACGAGCAACAAAAAGACUUUGAUUCUGCGCAACAAGCCUAUAGACGGGUUCUUGAUCGCGAUCCCAAUCACGCGAAGGUCUUGCAACAGCUUGGGUGGUUAUAUCACCAACAGAGCAACAGCUACGCCAGCCAAGAGAAGGCAAUCGAGUACCUUGAGAAAUCGGUUAGCGCAGACAACACUGAUGCGCAGAGUUGGUACCUGCUGGGCCGAUGCUAUAUGUCCCAAGCCAAGUAUCCCAAGGCCUACGAGGCCUACCAACAAGCCGUCUACCGGGAUGGUCGGAACCCAACUUUCUGGUGUUCCAUUGGUGUGCUUUACUACCAAAUCAAUCAGUACCGCGAUGCGUUGGAUGCCUACUCGCGUGCUAUUCGCCUAAACCCUUACAUCUCAGAAGUUUGGUAUGAUUUGGGAACUUUGUACGAGUCCUGUAACAACCAAAUUGCGGAUGCUCUCGACGCGUACGGUCGUGCUGCCGAUCUGGAUCCGACCAACGUCCACAUCAAAGCCCGCCUGCAGCUCCUUCAGAGUCAGCUAUCAGGUACCAGCCAGAGCAAUGCCCCGGCUCCGCAACCUCAGGAUGUCCACCCCCAGGCCUACCAGACAGGUGUUGGAGGACCUCCCGCUCCUCAGUGGGGUGCACCAGCACCGACUGGGGGUCCUCCUCCCCAGCCCCCUGCUCCACCGAGGCAGAUCGCUGAUUGGAACCGUGGCAUCAACGAACUUCAAUCUCAGGCUCAAGCCCAGGCGGCUAAUGGAUUUGACCACCGGGAUGCGGUUCGAGCUCCCCCAGCUAUUCAGCAACCCAGCCCACGCCAGGAGCCAGGAAGGGGCUUCCCCGACGCUGUCCGUCCUCAGCCUACAGCAGCUCGUUCCCCGAAGACUGCACUGGCCGGCCCGGGCGUGUACGCUCCUGCACAUACACUUCCUCAGAUUGCCAACCCGCCUGCGCCGUCUCACGAGCGUGCCCCUAGUGGUGCUGGCGGUUUCCCUUCGGCAACUCGAGGACCGUUACCUCCUGCUCCCGCAGGGCCCCCUCCUGCUCCCGGUGCGCCUAAUGGUGCUCCUACUUCUGGCGGCCCUCUACCCCCCUAUCAUCGCCCCUUCACCCCUCCGACUGAGAUCAGGCCUAUCCGUGAUGAGCGGCCCUCGUCUCCUGGUUCGACCUACCCACACCAGCAGUAUCAUCAUGGUCCUAGCGUGCCACCUGUACAGGGCGCUGGUAGCACUGGAAUUGCGGGCGGUGCCCCCCCACCUCCAUCUGCGAUCACUGCCGCUGAGGCCGCUGCUCGCGAACGUGAAGAUCGUCCCGCCUCUGCGAUGAAGCGGGGCCGCGAGUGGGAAGCCGAGUCCGCACCCGUUAAGAAGAUUGCAAAUGAGGAAAGCCGUGCUCGUCUCGAUGAACAGCUUCCUCGUCGUGUCACUCCCCCAAACCGCAUGCCUUCCCCCGGCGAGAUGCAACGUCGUAGCUCGUCUGAAGUUCGACGCGAAGACCAACGUCGUAUCAACGAAAGUUACCAUCCAUCCGAGGCCGCUCAUCACCCUCCAACGCUUCCAUCCAUUCAGCACAUGCCACAACACGCCUCUGGCUCUGGUCUUCCUCCCAUGGCUGAAGGGUCUGCUCCGGCAGCCAACGGACCACAGCCUGGGCCUUCUGCUCCUGUGCAGGUUAAGGAGGAGCCGGCCCGCGGCGAGCAACCCCCGGCUCAUGAACCAGCUGCACGGAAGAUGGACGUGGACGAGAACUAUGAUGACGAUGGCGAUGAUGAUAAAAGAGCCAGCGCUGCUGUAAAGGGCAGCCCUUCUGCCAGCGGGUCGGGUAAUACCAACAAUGCCACCAAUGGCAGCCAGACUUCACAAGAUAGACACUGUCACUCACCACUUCGACGACUAACGACAACAGGGUCAAGAUGAGUCACCGGAAGUACGAAGCGCCUCGGCACGGUUCGUCAAUCUUUGUUCAGUUUCUUUCGGACGACUUUGAAUUUUGAGGUCGUGGGCUCCCUUGCCUACCUGCCCCGCAAGCGCGCUGCCAGACACCGUGGAAAGGUCAAGAGCUUCCCCAAGGAUGACCCCAAGAAGCCCGUCCACCUGACGGCCUCCAUGGGUUACAAGGCCGGUAUGACCACUGUUGUCCGUGACCUUGACAGACCCGGUGCCAAGAUGCACAAGAAGGAGGUUGUCGAGGCUGUCACCGUCAUCGAGACCCCUCCCCUUGUCGCUAUCGGUGUCGUCGGUUACAUUGAGACUCCCCGUGGUCUCCGCUCUCUCACCACCGUCUGGGCUGAGCACUUGAGCGACGAGGUCAAGCGCCGCUUCUACAAGAACUGGUACAAGAGCAAGAAGAAGGCCUUCACCAAGUACGCCAAGCAGCAUGCUGAGGAGAGCGGUGCCUCCAUCACCCGCGAGCUUGAGCGCAUCAAGAAGUACUGUACCGUUGUCCGUGUGCUCGCCCACACCCAGAUCCGCAAGACCCCUCUUAAGCAGAAGAAGGCCCACCUUAUGGAGAUCCAGGUCAACGGUGGCUCCGUUGCCGACAAGGUUGACUUCGCCCGCAACCUCUUCGAGAAGACCAUUGAGAUCGACUCCGUCUUCGAGAAGGACGAGGUGAUCGAUGUCAUUGCCGUCACCAAGGGUCACGGUUUCCAGGGUGUCACCAGCCGUUGGGGUACCAAGAAGCUUCCCCGUAAGACUCACAAGGGUCUGCGUAAGGUUGCUUGUAUCGGUGCCUGGCACCCUAACCACGUCCAGUGGACUGUUGCCCGUGCUGGUCAGAUGGGUUACCACCACCGUACCUCCUGCAACCACAAGGUCUACCGUAUCGGUAAGGGCACCGACGAGGCUAACGCCUCCACCGAGUUCGAUAUCUCCAAGAAGCAGAUCACUCCCAUGGGUGGCUUCGUCCGCUAUGGUGAGGUUAAGAACGACUUCGUUAUGCUCAAGGGUUCCGUCCCUGGUGUUAAGAAGCGUGUCAUGACCCUGCGCAAGACCCUCUACCCCCAGACCAGCCGCAAGGCCACCGAGAAGAUCGAGCUCAAGUGGGUCGAUACCUCUUCCGAGUUCGGCCACGGUGCCUUCCAGACCCCCGAGGAGAAGCGCGCUUUCUUGGGUACCCUCAAGAAGGACCUUGUUACUUCCGCUUAAGGUGUUUAUGGAUAUGAUACGGUGUAGUGCAAAUUAUUUAUUUUUUCAAUAAAAAAGCGAAUACCUUCCAAGUCUAGGGUCCGACUGGAGAUCGUUAGUUUCUUUUUCAUCAGGUUUACGUAGCUGCAAGGCAAUUUUAUGACACUCAAGAGAAC